UUCUGACAGGCGUUUAAUUUAUAGUUUUAUUUAAAUUUAAUAAUUUUCUAAUAUCCUAGAAUGUUAAGAUAGUAUGGGUCUUUUAUGUCAUACUUGCGGUUUGACACUAUAUUUUGUGUCUCGAUGUAUGCUAAUACUUACAGAAUGAUAAAAUACGUACGAGAAUAAACAUACUCGCAGAUAAUUAAUCUAUACGACCAUGGGUAACCAAAAUAGUUGUUGUUGCUAUCGUAGUCCAUCACCAAUCAGGAAGGAUAUUGUAAAACUAGAAGAUUAUCUUCCCGAAGGCGAAGUUAGUUCCAAUAAUAUACAACACAUCAGCGAAAGAGAGCCUGAAGAUGGUGACAUUGACCCAUCUCAAGAUCCUAUUGCUGGGACUAUAUUCAUGGAAAGGUCGAAGGCUUCGAUCGAAAACGGUAUCACAAGAAAGAGAAGUCAACACCAAAUAGCCGAAAAUAAGAUGAAAAAAAGCAGUUCCUGUUCUACUAUAUAUUUAGAUGAUAGUACUGUAUCUCAACCUAACUUGAAAAAUACUGUUAAGUGUGUGGCACUUGCUAUAUACUACCACAUAAAAAACCGAACUUCUGAACGUCGGAUAGACAUAUUUGAUGAAAAAUUACACCCUUUAAGUAAAGAUGGGCUCAGUGAUGAUUAUGAUAAGUAUAAUCCAGAGCACAAGCAAAUUUACAAGUUUGUUCGAACAUUGUUUAAUGCUGCCCAAUUAACAGCAGAAUGUGCUAUUAUUGCUCUAGUGUAUUUGGAAAGACUUCUCAUAUGUGCUGAGUUAGAUAUUGCCCCAUCUAAUUGGAAAAGGAUAGUAUUGGGAGCAAUAUCACUUGCUAGCAAAGUAUGGGAUGAUCAAGCAGUGUGGAAUGUAGAUUAUUGUCAAAUUUUAAAAGAUAUCACAGUGGAAGAUAUGAAUGAAUUAGAGAGGCAAUUUUUAGAAAUGCUACAAUUUAACAUAAAUGUACCAUCAAGUGUAUAUGCAAAGUAUUAUUUUGAUCUGCGCACACUAGCAGAAGCUAAUGACUUAGCUUUUCCCAGUGAGCCAUUGAGUAAGGAAAGAGCACAAAAGCUAGAAGCAAUGUCUAGAGUUAUGGAAGAUAAGAUUGCAGCCGAGGUUGUUAAAAACGGUAUAAAGAAGUGGUCUAGUUUGGACAAUGUUAAUUCUGGUGCAGGAGUCAGACGCAGUGUUGCCAUACUGUCAUAAUUUUUUUAAAUAUUUUUUCUGAUUCCCAAUUGCUAAGUUAAAAUUUGGAUCCAUAAAUAAUAUAUGUAAUGUCUUUAAAACUUUUGCACCAGUUUAACAAAACAAAAUUAUGUAGACUUGCUUCUAGAAGGACCUUGAGAUUUGUUAUGCCCCUUCAUAGCAAUCUGCAGGGAGUAUGGUUGGUUUACUAAUUAAAAUAUUGUGGAUUAUUAAUUCUAUGAAACAUUUGUAAUUAUGCGAGAUUAAUGAUCUGAUCUCUAUAUAUUUUCAAUCAGUUUUAUAUAAUGAUGAUUAUCUUUAAAUGAAAGACUUGUAAAUUGUGGUCCAAUAUUUUUGUAUUAUACCCAUACUAAUUGUCACUGACUUUUUUUCUUUUUACAAUAUGCUUCCAGUUUAUUAUAAGUUCUUGUUAGUAAGAAGCACUAAUAUUGAUAGAUUGCUUCCAAAGCUGAUUUGCUUAGUAUAUUUAGAUUAUUAAUAGUAUUUGAAAAAUCGUCUUUUGACUGAAAUAAGAAUUUGUGAUUGUGGUGUAAAUGUAUUAGUCAUUUCUUUUAAAAUUAUUUAAACAUGCAUUUAGAUUGGAUGUAGGAUGUGUAUUGAUUAUGCCAAAUUAAUUUGUAAUCAAAGUGAAAUAUGUAUACUUAGUCAAUCAAUAACUAAGAUAUGAAUAAGCAAAUAUGUAACUAUAUCACUUUUGUUGGCAAUACAUAUAGUAUUUUUUUUUUUUAACUGUAAAAUAUAGGAAUUGAUUAAUUUUAAUUAUACUGUUUUAUUUUAUGGUUAAGUUAUGUAAUGCAGAAUUCAUACAUCUUGUAUCUUAAUUGUAAUUAAGGAAAAUAAACAUUUUAUAUGAGACUUUCAAAGGAA